AUGGUCCCCAGGGUUCGCUUGGUGGAGGAGGUGCAACAGUCUGGGCAGGUAUCCCCAGUCACUGCACGUUCCUACCUCAGAGACAUCAUAGAACCCAUCAUCAUCCCCCAAUUCCGCCAGCACACCCCCAACUUUCUGUUCAUGGAUGACAAUGCUCCACCACAUCUGUAUGACAAGCAAGGGUUCCUUUUGAAGCUGGAUGCUACUCUGCCUUUGGAGCUGGUGUACAAGUAUGGUAAUAUCAGUGAGGGUGCCUGUAAGCCGGGUUUUGCAGCUGCCAAGAUGACUGCCAUUUAUCCAAAGUUCACGAAACUGGCGCCCAUGUUUCUUGAUCCAAACUACAAGCGAUUCUCGAGGAUUGGUGAUUAUUCGCCUCCAUUUGGAGUAAAAUCACAAGAGAAGAUCAUAGAUAUUCUUCUGUCAGCUACAACGAUGUAUGGCCUUGGAGAAGAACUUGACAGUAAGAGCUGCAAGACAUGCAUCAUUGUUGGAAAUGGAGGAAUCCUUGCCAAUAAGUCUCUAGGACAAAAGAUUGAUGAGUUUGAUGUUGUUGUCAGGUUAAAUGAGGCCCCAGUGAAAGGUUUUGAGAAAGAUGUCGGCUCCAAGACCACCAUGAGGAUCACCUAUCCUGAGGGGGCCAUCCAGAAGACAGAACGUUAUGAGACUGAGUCUCUGUUUGUCCUUUCUGCCUUUAAAGCUCUGGAUUUCAAGUGGCUCCGACACAUGGUCUUCAAUCAGCGACUGCGCAGCAUUGAUGGUUUCUGGAAGUCAGUGGCCAGGCAUGUUCCAAGGGAGCCCAGUGACAUGCGCAUCUUGAAUCCUUACUUUAUCCAAGAGGCCUCCUUCAAGCUGAUUGGCUUACCUUACAACAAUGGACAGAUGGGCAGAGGGAAUAUUCCAACCUUGGGGACAGUUGCCAUAACAAUGGCCCUCCAUAACUGUGAUGAAGUAGCCGUGGCUGGAUUUGGCUACAACAUGAGUACCCCCCACGCCCCACUGCACUACUAUGAGAAGAUCAGGAUGUCAGCCAUUAAAGAGUCCUGGACUCACAACAUAUCUAAAGAGAAGGAGUUCCUGAUGAAGCUCGUGAAGGCUGGAGUUAUCCAGGACUUGACCAGUGGGGUCUGUGGUGCAGGAUGCUGAUGGUCUCCACUCAGAUUCACAGCUCCUGGCCUGUAGCACUGUGCUCAACCUCCUCCAGCGACUGAAGAGGGAAACUCAAGGCGCUGUGGGCCAUGUUCCCAGCAGAGCGCAGCAGCUGCCACACACCAUGGUCCCUGCAGACACACUGUGUGUAUGUGAGGCUUACUGAGCAGGACACACUGCCCCAGUGUUAUAUAUUAACAUGUUGCAAGCAACUGGCCUCUGCAUUGUGUCACAGUAUUUAGCUUUGUCUAGCUACAGGUUAGUGUAUAUUUAUAUGGAUUUGGGGUCCUGGCUCAGGGGUACAUGUUUGGUUGCAGUGCGUUAAACCAGCACCUGGAUAUGGCUUCCCUCCUGCUACUGAAGCGAGAAUAAAAUAAUGAGUUUAAACAUUGAGCCUGUGCCAAGAAUACCUCUCUAAGUGUCCUUCUGCUCAUACAUGUGAAUGUAAUCCAUAUCAAACGUACAGUCACCAAUUUGUAUCUUCCAGUUGUUGUAUUAAACAGGGUGCACACUACAUGACAUGUGACCUAGCCAUCCUGGACCAGGGUAACACCCCCGUAUCAGAGCAACAUGGCAAUCAUCAGAGCUUGUUUGUUCUGUGGGUCAGAGUCAGUAUGUAGCUAAUAAGAUCUUCACGUUCAAACGCACAGUCUCGCUUUCUAUACUGAUCAGGCAGAUGCAACCUUCUGUGUCCACUGGACUUCACUUUAUUCUUGGCCAGAACAGCUUGUGUCUCUGAAGCAUGAAAUUCCCUUAUGAAUGUACAUUAAUGACUGAUUUUGUUAACUGUUGACUUCAAACUGAUACUUUUGACAAUUUUCUUUCCUGACUUUGCCUUUACACACAGAAAAGCUAAUCUUACUUGCACUUGUGACUUUAUGUCACUUCCUCUUUAAGCCUGCGAAGGAGAAGGAAUACUACAGCUUUCUCUCUGCUGACAUUCAGUGUUCAGAAGUUACAGAUAGAACAUAGAAAUAAAAGUGCUGUAGUACAGUAAUUCAAUCCAGCCACACAGUAUUUACUGCUGAUCAUAAAUAAUCCCACAUGAGUAGCAAGCAUGCUUCCAAUAUUCUGUCAAAGAAUAAAUUUGUGCUUCUGAAACAACUAAAAUAUUCGUUUCCACAUUUCAGUGGACAUGAGCAGUUACCCCACAGUCUUAAAGUAGAAUUUUUUAAUGCGUGGCCUGCAUCUAGAUCACACCGUUGAUCGCUGAUUGAUGUGUUUGCCACAGAAGUUAGUUCAGAGGACAAACUGGUUCAAUCUCAGUGUUUUUCUUACAGUAGUGUGAUGCUGUCUUUACUUUACUUGAGGUUUUUGUUUCUAGCUCAUCAGCCAGAGUUGUCAGUGUGCCGAACACUGCUAUUAUGUGCUCAUCCCACUCAAAGAAGACAGGCGCUUUUGUGUUUCAGUUAUUUUUGUAAGAAUGCUGAGUAAUAGAGAGCAUAUGUAGAGUACAGUGCUCAAACACCUGUACAUCACAGCUGUUUCUGUCUGACUGAUGAAAUGAGUUUUUUGCAUGAAUGCUUUUAAUCAUAUCCCGCUGCAGUGUUUUCUGUCACACCUGGGUCCCGUUCUUCUGUACAAAUGACUUGGCUUGAUGAGGUUGUUGAUGAUCUGACACUGGAUUUCUCAGCUUCUCAAAGCUGGAUUGAACUCUAACUUUGGAACUUUUGUCUCCUCCCUCUGGUCGUGACAGCAAUUACACAGACAGCAUUGGUAUGACACUUGUCUCAUCAUCAAUCUUUCUUUUUUAAACUGCAGUCCUUUCUAUGAAUGCAGAGUUUUUGUUUAUCUGGAGCAUCAGAAAUUUUUCCUGAUUAUUUUGUAGUCUCCUUUAUCUCUGUUGCUCCAGUUGCUUCCCUCUCUCAGGUGGUCUCCUUCCCUGAGCCUGAUUCUAUCUGAUUUUUUUUUUCCCUCCCCAUUAAAGGCGAGGUUUUU